AUGCUGUUUGCGCACAUCACGGCGACGAGUAUGUACGAACAGGACACGUUUGUGCCCUCCGUUUUCAUCACGCAAGAUUACAACGGUAAGACCUAUCCAAAGGACUUAUGGGGACGAGUAGCCACGUUCAACAAAGUGCUGGGUGCCGUCAACUUCCAAGUGACUCGAAAGGCGACACACACCUUUGACACGCCUGCGAUCGAAGCAUUAGGCAAGAUUAACGCUUUCAAGGUUCAAGGCGAUUGGCUCGACUUCCCUACUGAAGAACUGCUGAUCAUUAUCGUCGCAUACAACGGCGAGUUGCAAGGUUAUGCAGUUACGGAGAUGCAGCUCACUUUAUCGGAAGGAGGCUCAUCGCUCGCCACCGCUGCGGACAUCGUCGUCUUGAUCUUCUUCCUGUUCGCACUGGAUACACAACUCCGCAAACUAUAUCGAUAUCGCCGUUCAGGUAUUGGAAAACUUGGCUGUGGUGACGUCUGGGUCGUUAUCGAGCAUUCUUCUACAGUAGCGGUUGCUGCCUUCUGCUUUGUUAUCCUCACGAGAACUGUGGCCAGUGCACUGCAUCAGUUCGGUGUGUUCUUCAUCGUUUUUGUCGUCAUCUUCGCGACGUUUGCUGUGUCUGGGGCCAUUCUAUUCGGUGACAGAGUCGAGGAGUUCUCGUCCUUGGAAACUGCGACGGAAACUUGCACCAAUAUGCUCUUCGGGAACUUCGACUACAAUAGUAUUCAGGGGCUGUAUGCCCUUGUCUGUGAGCAGUGA